UUCGCAAAAGCUUUUUCGUCUUAUUAAGCAGCAAAGAAGCAGUCUUGUAGUUAUCUGAAAAGAUUGUGUGUUUAAACUGAGUGUAAGACUGUGAUUUAACAAAUAAUUAGCAUCAAAAUUUACUUAAAGCAUUAGAAAACCGCCAGAACAUUGCAAAUCAAAGGCAUCAGCAGAAGUUAAAGAAGCUGGAAAACGAGCUGUCGUUCAAAUUCAAACUAAAAAUCCAGCAUUGGUUGCGACAACAUCAAAAGUUCCUGCACCAAAGUUCCUUAAGACACUCUUAAACGCGACAAGUCCCAAAACGAAUGGAUCAGAGAUGGGUCCAUCCAGUGAAAUUAACAAAAGCAAUGGUGAUGUAAAUAUUGGUGACGGAUCAUCAACAAAUGCAACUAAAAAGACGUUAACAAUCAUUCACUACAACGAUGUGUACAAUAUCGAUCAACAAGUGAAAUCUGAACCUGUUGGUGGUGCUGCUCGAUUCUGUACGGCUGUCAACUCAUUUAAACAUUUAAAUCCUUUGGUUUUAUUCAGUGGUGAUGCAUUUAAUCCUUCAAUGCUAUCCACAUUCACACAAGGCGAACAAAUGAUUCCCGUUCUAAACUCAGUCGGAACUCAUGUCGCUGUUUUUGGCAACCACGAGUUUGACUUUGGACUUGAUGUUCUUCAAAAUUUGGUAAAAAUGUGCAACUUUCCAUGGCUUAUGUCGAAUGUUAUUGACAAUGAAACUGGACGUCCAUUGGGAAAUGGAAAAAUAACUCACAUCAUAAAUCAUGGUGAAUUCCGCGUUGGAUUGAUGGGACUUGUUGAGAAGGAAUGGCUGGAAACGAUCCCAACAAUUGAUCCAAAUGAAGUGACGUUUAUUGAUUAUAUUGAAGCGGGAAAUCGUCUUGCGAAUGAUUUAAUUAAAGAAGGCUGCGAUGUGAUUAUUGCUUUGACACACAUGCGAACACCGAAUGACUUAAAUCUAGCAACUCAUUGUCCAAAGCUUGACUUAAUACUUGGCGGACAUGAUCAUGUCUAUGAGAUUGUUAAAAUCAAUCAUUUAAAUAUGAUCAAGUCGGGAACUGAUUUCAGACAAUUCUCGAGAAUUACGUUGAAGAAAUCAACGAAUGAAGCUGACAAAUCUGACUUGGAAGUUGAUAUUGACAAGAUUGAUGUGACGUCGACUUAUCCUGAAGAUCAAACAUUGAAAGAAGAAUUAAAAAAGUACACGGAAAUGAUUGAAUCAAAAAUGGGAUUGGUGCUAGGAAACUUCUCAUGUGAGCUCGAUGGAAGAUUUUCACAGAUAAGAACGUCGGAAACGAACAUUGGUAAUUGGAUCUGCGAUAUUGUUUUAGCUGCGACUGGCUCAGAUGCUGUCAUGAUAAAUUCGGGAACAUUUCGUUCUGAUCAAAUCCACGAGGCUGGUCCAUUUACGAUGAAAGAUUUGGUCAGCAUCAUACCAAUGCAAGAUCCAAUAAUCAUUAUUGAAGUGAGUGGAAAGACACUUUAUGAGGCUAUUGAGAAUGGCGUGUCAGCUUAUCCGAAGUUGGAAGGGAGAUUUCCUCAAGUUGCUGGGAUUACAUUCACGUUUAAUCCUGAAAAACCUCCGGGAUCGCGAGUUGAACCACGCUUAGUUAGAAUUGGUGAUGAAUGGCUUGACUUUAGUGAAACUUACACACUUUCAGUUAAAGCUUACAUGCAUGGUGGUUGCGAUGGUUACACGAUGUUCAAGAACUGUCCAAUUGUAAUGGACGAAGAUGCAUGUCCGGAACUUGGGCUUGCAAUUCAAAAUCAUUUCAAAGCCAUCGACUUAAAGAUGGGAAAAUGUGGACAACAUCAAACCAAGCACCGACAAAGCCUUGUUACGUUAUCACGUCGUCAUAGCAUGGUUCAAAUGCUUGACAACUUGGAUCUCGAUGGACCAUGUCCGUUGAGACUUCAUCAUCCACCGAGUCAUCCACCAUCGCAACCUUUGACCGCUACUUCAAAAAUGCUUCGCCGGGCUUCGCUAGAUGACCUGGAGCAGUCUUCAUGUCUUCUCGCGCCAACAAUUCAGCAUCGAAUCAUAAGAAUCCAGAAUGACGAUCAUCUACGUCAAUUGUUGCUGCGACGUGAAGCAAAUGAAAAAAUGACCGAAGUAAUUAAGGAAGAGAACGAAACAAGCCCACAGUCCUACAAAGCUGUCAUUGCUGUUAGUGAUAGCCUAAGGAAAUUUCUUCUUCAAUAUCCGGCGCUAUUUCUUGUUGACGGGAACUACGUGCAUGUGAAUUGCUUUCAACCACGGACAAAUGAAGAACAAGGAAAUGGUGAUGGGAAGAAGGAUUACAUUCAAGAAGCGAAGGAUUAUUUCUCACAUAAAUUACUUCAAUAUGGAGCUGGAACUGAAGUGCCGAUAAAAUCAUUGCUGGGACAUCGUUCGCAAGCGUCACCGCAAGUUCGUCAUAUCAGCGGGCAACAUAUUAAAGAAUUCACGGACUUUCUCUCUAAACAUCCAGACACGUUUCAUGUUGAAGACGAUCAUGUUGUGUUGGUCAAUUACGAUUCGGCGACAGUAAUUCCACAAUCAGAACAACUUCAUCUACCUCAACCAUCAAUCGACGUAAAGUUUACAAAGGAAAUUUUAGAUUUUUUCGCAAAUUGUAUUGGAAUUAAAGGACCGACACUUGUUGAUCAACUUUUUCAUUUGGUCACGUCAAACUUCCCACAAGAUCUUUGGUAUCGAAUCUUCAAAACGCCAAGCGAUCUAACAACGUUUCUGAAGCUCUAUUCGGAUUGUUUUCACAUACAAUCGAAUCUAGUCACUUUGCUGCAGAAGCCAAAGAUAAGUGAGAUUCACAUUCAGAAUGCUGAGAAAGUCAUUUAUCGAAAUCAAUUGAAUCAAAAUCAAAACUCAACUCCGGUUGUUGGUGACUUUAAACUUAAUGAACCCGUCUCGAAUAACAUGAUAAUGAACAACAAUAAUCAUGGAAAGAACUUUAAAUCGGAAUUACCUUACAAUGAUGAUAGUUUAAGUAAUGGAAGAAACUCAAACACUGACAUGCCAUCAAUGGGAUUUGUUCAUAGCUUCAAUGAAAUGAAACUUGAGAAUUUAUGUGCAAAGAAUUGUCCAACCAAGAUAACUUAUCCCGAUCAUACUCCAAGCUAUGGUGGUGAGAAUCAAACGCCAGUUCCAUCUCCAACACCAAUCACGUCAACGUCAUCAUCAUCAGCAACAUCAAAGAAUGAACGUGAUCGUGAUCGUCGUUUAAAUUUGACACUCAAACAAAGAAUUAGUAAUCUCGUGACGAAAACACUUGCUGAGAAUGAAGAGAAAGACAAAAAACUUCCGAAUCAACAACAGCAACAUCAACAACAACAUAAUUUUAAUGGUGGCAGCAUUUCAUCGUCAAAUUCAUCAUCAACAGCGACAAGUCCAAUUCAUCGAAGUCAUUUUCAAGGCGACACAUGGAAGAUUAAAAUUCUACAAAACACUCAAGUUAUAUCAAAUGUUAAGCAAUCACAAUUUGUUUGCAAUGCUAUAAUGAAGUCGGCAACUGUUGAUGAAGUUGUUGUCAUUUCAUUUGACUGUAAAGGCGUCAAUUUGGGGUUGAAAGGUCAAUUGACAUUAAUUGAAAUUGGAACACUUCGUGGUGAAGCUUUCAUAUUUGAUAUUCAACAAUGUCCAGAGAUGGUGAUUGAUGGUGGGCUUAAAAUGCUUCUUGAAGAUCCAAAUGUUGUUAAAGUGAUUCAUGAUUGUCGUAAUGGUUCUUACAAUUUAUACACGCAAUAUGAUAUUUUAUUGAGAAAUGUUUUUGAUACUCAGUCAGCUCAUUCUGUACUUCAGUUUCAAGAAACACGCAAACAGGUCUACAAGAUCAAAAAUGUUUCACUCAAUACACUCUGUGAGUUGUACAAUGCUCCAAUCAAUCCAAUGAAAGAUCAAUUGAAAAGUGCAAAUAAACGCGAUCAAAGAUAUUGGGCAAAACGACCUUUAACACGUGACAUGUUACUUUAUGCUGCCAGUGAUGUUCUCGUGAUGAUAAAUGAACAACUUUUUCGGACGAUGGCAAAUGCUAUAAAACCUGAAAACAUGAAUUUGUUCUCUGAAUUAUGCACAGAACAAAUUUACAUGUUGAUUCGUCCAAGCGAUGUUAAGAUGAAGAAGAAACAACGUAAAAUCAACACAGAAGUCUUUGAUUUGAAACAAAAGCUUCAAAGUUCGAAUAAGAAUGUUGUGUUAAGUAAUCGUGAAAUUCGUCUUUUGAGAUAUUUGGAUUUGACGGAAGAAGAGAAAGACAAGUUGAAGGGAUCGGUGAAAGUUGCAAAGAAACUUGAGAAGCUUGAGAAUCUUGGACAAGACCGUAACUUCUCAGAUUCAGAUGACGAAGUUGAGAAUAUUGAACAGGAUUAUGCAAGCAUUGAUUCUGUUCCAUCUGAUAAUUCUUUGAGCGGUCUUCCAUCACUCAACGCCUUUUCACCGAAAAGUUCCGAACCUCCAAGUCUUCUCGAAUCAAUGCACAUGAUUGAUGAGCUUAUCAACAAUAAAUCGAUGGAAAAGGCUGUGAAAUUGGAUAAGUUGGAAGCUCUUCUGUCAGUUGCUGUUUCAUUACCAAGCGAUCAAAUCGGAACUGAGAAUGUCAUCGAUGAUGGAUUAAUAAUGAAAGAUAUUCGAUCAAGUUCAAACAGAUCAAGCACAAAUGAUAUGACAAAAGCUAACAAUAAAAUCAACAAUAUCAAAUCAGCUUCCAACAACAACUUCAACAACAUCAACAACAACGUUUUGUCAUCACAAACAUUAGAGGGAAAGAAAGAAAUUGCAUGUCAAACACUGUCAACAGGAGAUAUUGUCAUGAUGAAAGUUUUCUUCGAGGAAGAUAAACAGAAUUCAGACAACAUUCUCAUGUCUUCAGGAAAAAGAGACAAGUAAACGAUUUAAAUCAGCGAUUUUCAAAUUUUGAAGGUAAAUCAAAUCUUCUCAAACAUUCAAGACAAAUGUAGUUUAAGAACCUUUCUUUUUUCAAAGAACAAACAGUUUGAAGAUCGUUGGUUUUAAACUAAUUUUUUAUUCUUUGGAAAACUGGCUCAAGAAUUUUUUACAUUGAAAUCGAAAAGUAUUAUCGUCUUAUCAUGAGAUAAGAAGAUUGCGACAUCAACAAAAUGAAAACAAUUGAACUUGUAACACAUAAUGAAGUAAUUUUAUAUGAAAGAAUUUUUUUUCUGAGAAUAAUGAGUUAACACAAAGGACUAGAAAUUAUAAAUUUUGCAAAUUAUACUUAAAUGAUUAAGCUAAAGCAAUUAAAUAUUAUAUAACUAAAAUUGUAUAAGAUUUUAUGUCUUUAUGCUGGACAAAUUUUCACUGAAACUGAAGUGGACUUUUUUCGGUGCUAUUCUCGCUUUUUAUGCGUAACAUAAUUGAUAUUUAUUUAUUUUCGCUUCCAUUAACAUUACGAUUUUAUCAUUUUCUCACUCGAUAUCAAAUGAUUUUUCAUUUUUCUCUGCCUUUGUUGAUGAUAAAAUGUAAAUUAAAUGCCAUAAAUUUUAGUGAAGCUUUCUCUGCUUUGUCGUGAAUUUAGAAUUUUAAAUUGAAUUGUUUUCUCUCUUCUUUCGAUAGUUAGAAGGCACAGCAUGUCAAUAUUAGAAAGAUAUAAUAAAAAAAAUUCUUCUUCCCCUUUCGAGGACCAUUAGACGCCUAGAAUCGAACCUUUAAAGUUGUUUUAUAACCACGAUAAAAUUAUGUAAUUUAGUGCCUUAACAGCAAUCACAACAACACUAAAGCUUUCGAUGCUUUUAACGUUUUUUGUUUCUUUUUCGCUUAGCGAUUUUUUGAUCUUUUUUACGUAAUUUUAGAUGAAACUAGAAAUAUAAAAAAAAUUCUUCGAAUGGCUUCAAAUGUAGAAAAUCUUUUUAGAAAAUUUUCAUGAACUUAGAAAUCAAUUAACAGACUUUUUAAUCAAAUUAAUUUUAUGCCAUAAAAGUGAAAAUAAUAAAUUAAUUAAAAGUUGGUUAAUCGGGUUAGUCUUACAAUCUAAAAGUUUAAAUGUGAUGACAAGUUGUCGAGAAUUUUUCAUUUUGAGAAAUUCAAGAAAAAAGUAAUUAAUAUGAGAAUAAACAGAACAUAUCAUUUGCUUAAUUAUUUGACCGUAGAAUUGUUGAAUUCUCUCCUAUUUAAAGUUCUUUUUAAUUGCACACGCUUAGUGUGUAGUUUUUCUAAUAUCUUAAAAUAAUAUAACUUACAAUCAAAACUUCAAUCCUCCUGGUCUGUAAUUAAAAAAUUAAUGAAUUGCUCACAACAUUAAAUUUGAUAUUUAAAAACAAAAAUGUAGGACAUGAUUAAUGACAGCAAGUGAUAAGCUAAUCAUCAUAAUAAUGAAACGAUGCUUUGUAGCAGAGUAACAUUAAAAAGAAAAUUAUAAAUGAAACUUGAAAGCCAGAAAUGUAAUAAAAGAAAUAAUAAAAGAAAAAAAAACAUUAAA